GGGAAAAAUGUCAAGAAGCAGCGCUCCUCUCAACCACAGAUGAUUUGUUCUUUUUUUGUGAAAGAGAGAGAGACAGAGACAGAGAGGGAGCUGAUUUUCCAGGAGCCGCUCUCAGCCCCCGCUGAAGUAGCCGGCGCUAAUCGGCCGGCGUUUUGAAGCGCCAGUGCCCACACCACGCACUCCUCGCUGGAGACGGCGGCGUGAGAGCCCUCAGCGGCCAGCCGAGCGAGGCGAGAGGCGGGGGGGACAGGGGGUAGAGGAAGAGCCCUCCGGAGCGAUGGAUCAGGUGGCGUGCGCCCUGGAGCUGCUGGGAAUGUUCAUCUCCAUCGUGGCCUGGCUGUGCUCCAUCUCCACCACCAUGAUGAGCCAGUGGCUGACGCUGUCCACCGAACUGCUGCCCACCGAGAGCUACGAGCUGGGCCUGUGGGAGACCUGCGUGGUGCAGGACCUGGGGGGCAUGGAGUGCCGGCCGUACGACAGCCUCCUGGGGCUGCCCCCGGACAUCAAGCUGGCGCGCAUCCUCAUGUGCUCCGCCCUGGCCGUGGGCAUCCUGGGCAUGCUGGCGCCCAUCCCGGGGCUCCACCUGAUCAACUGCUGCAAGGGCCCGGGCGGCUGGCGGGCCAAGAGGGCCAUGAAGAUGCUGGGGGGGAUCCUCUGCCUCGCGGCCGGGGUCAUGGGUCUGGUGCCCGUGUCCUACAUGGCGCACCUGACGGUGCUGCGCUUCUUCGACGAGACGGUGCCGGACGUGGUGCCGCGCUGGGAGUUCGGGGACGCCCUGUUCUGCGGCUGGGCGGCCGGGUUCCUCCACAUGGUGGCGGGGGUCCUGCUGGUCAGCUCCUGCCUCUGCUCCCGGGGGGAGAGACGCCGCCCCCCGGCCGGGCAGAGGCACGAGGUCCGAACCCUGGAGCCCUCGUCCAGGAAGAGGUCAGAGUACGUCUGAGCCCCCCUCUCUCCGAAGAGAAGAGACAGACCCCGUCCUUUUCCUUUCCCCUCAUUCUCUCUGUCCUUCUCUCUCCCCGCUCUUUCUCAUUCCUUCUGUCCACCCUUUUUCUUAAAAAUGUUUUAUUAUUUUUUAUCCUUGCUGAUAUGUUACUAGGACAAUUCACAUGGGGUUUUGCAUGAGAGCUGAACUUGAAAUGAAAUUUAGAAACACAUUUUAAAAUACAAUAGUUAAAAUCCCUGCCACUACUUCCUCUCAAAUGUAUCUUUUUUUUGUCCUGGUAACUGCUUUCACACUUGGCAAUUCAGUACUUAAGAGCAUUUAAUACUUCUUAGAUGAUUUAGUAGUUCUUGCAGAACUGAGAUGUUUUGACAGUGUGUGUGUGUGUGUGUGUGUGUGUAUUAAGACAAAUGAAAAUGUAUAAAUAUGAUACAAUAAUUUAGUGAGACAUAUUUUGGUAUUCUCAAUCUUGAUUUUGAAACUGCAAGCUUUUUUCUCUUUGUAUAAAUGCUACCCAUAAGCAAUGGUGCACUAGAGUGCUUGACAGUUUUGAAGACUGCCAAUGAAUUGUCUUUUUAACUCCAUGCCAAUUGCAGAUGUUCCUGCCGUUGUUCUUUGAAGAUGCCCCAAAUUGUACUGGUGAAAUAAGAGCCAAUAUGACUAAGAUGCAAUGAUUGUAAUCGUAAAAUGUAUUUACCAUUUACUCAAACACUUGUCCCACACUUUCUGAGACUGUGUGUUGAUGUAGAAUACUGCAGUGGUUAAAUCAGUCACACAAUCACAGUCGGAAUACAGUGUAAAUUAAUUAUUGUGUCAUUUUAUUGUGAAAAGGGCAAAUAUAUAAAACGAAUUAACAAGAAAAA